AUGUCCUCGCGCGACAUGAACAGAACAUCUUCAGCUCAGGAGACGCUCGAUGUUCUCCACGAUAUCUCGCAGCUCUUGAACACCCAGCUCGAUCGAGAGACACUUGCAACGUGUGUCAGCAUGAUUGAGAGCGGUGUCAAUCCAGAGGCAUUGGCUACAGUGAUCAAGGAGCUACGGAGAGAAAAUGCCAAUCUUAAUGCUGGAAAGCAAGAUUGA